AUGCCUUCUUCAAUUUUGUUUACAUUUUCAUCAGUUCUUUUUCUUGACAUUUCUCUUUCAUUAUUCAUACACAUUCUCGUUUUUUUUUCGUUUUAUUAUGCCUUCUCCAUUUUCUUCACAUUUUCAUCUCUUUUGUUUCCUGAAGUCUUUUCUUUCAUUUUUAUUCAUAUGUUCGUUUUUUUUCGGUUUAUUAUGCCUUCUCCAUUUUCUUCACAUUUUCAUCUCUUUUGUUUCCUGAAGUCUUUUCUUUCAUUUUUAUUCAUAUUUUCGUUUUUUUCGGUUUAUUAUGCCUUCUCCAUUUUCUUCACAUUUUCAUCUCUUUUGUUUCCUGAAGUCUUUUCUUUCAUUUUUAUUCACAUUUUCGUUUUUUUCGGUUUAUUAUGCCUUCUCCAUUUCUUCAUUUUCAUCUUUUUGUUUUCGGAAGUCUUUUCUUUCAUUUUUAUUCAUAUUUUCGUUUUUUCGUCUUUUUUCUUUCAUUUUAUUCAUAUUUUCGUUUCUUUCGUUUUUAUUAUGCCUUUUCUUUUAAAUUUUCAUCUCUUUUGUUUCCGGAAGUCUUUUCUUUCAUUUUUUAUUCAUUUCGUUUUUUCGGUUUAUUAUUUUCCAUUUUCUUCACAUUUUCAUCUCUUUUUGUUCCUGAAAGUCUUUUCUUUCAUUUUUAUUUACAUGUUCGUUUUUUCGGUUUAUUUGCUUUCUCCAUUUUGUUCACAUUUCAUCUCUUUUAUUUCCUUAUUCCUUUUCUUUCAUUUUAUUCUCAUUUUCGUUUUUGUCUUUAUUAUGCAUUCUCCAUUUUUUCAACAUUUUCAUCUUUUGUUUCGGAUGUCUUUUCUUUCAUUUUUAUUACAUUUUCGUUUUUUUUCUUUGUUUCCUGAUGCAUUUUUUCUUCAUUUUCAUCUCUUUUGUUUCGGAAGUCUUUUCUUUUUUUUUAUUCACAUUUUCGUUUUUUUCAUUUUAUUAUUCCUUCUCCAUUUUAUCAUUUCGUCUCUUUGUUUUCUGAAGUCUUUUCUUUCAUUUUUAUUCACAUUUUCUUUUUUUUUUUCCUUUCUUCAUUUCUACUUUGUUCUUCACUUUGAUUUCUUUGCUCUCUUUCUUCCAGUUUUCUUCUCUUUCGUUUCGUCUUUGCCCUUUUUUCUUUUUCUUCAUUUCAUUUUAAUUUUCAUCUUCAUUCUUACCUUACAUUUUUUUUGUUUCCCCUUUUUUCUUUUCUGUUUUAUAGUUUUCUGGGCCUUUGCUUUUCUCUCUCUCUCUCUCUCUCUCUCUCUCUCUCUCUCUUUCUCGCUCUCUCUUAAAUGUUUUUCUUCUUUUCUUUCAUAUUAUGCAGUUUAUUCUUCAUAUUACGUUCACAUCACACGGUUGAUUCUUACGUUCAUAUCUCAUUCUUUAUUCUUCUUCUUACGUUCAUAUUACAUGGCUUAUUUUUACGUUCAUAUCACUCGCUUUAUUCUUCUUAAGUUCAUAUUACGCCGUUUAUUCAUCUUCUUACGUUCAUAUCCAAAAUUUGUUCUUCUUAUGUUCAUAUAUUUGUUUAUUCUCCUUCUUACGUUAAUAUCUCCUCUUUAUUCUUCUUCUUAA